GUGAACGCACCGUUGUAGUCUGAUUGAACUACAAAUCCCUUGACCCCGAAUACUGUGGUCGUCAAGUCGGGUAGUGUGCUCGAUUUGGUUUUGAACAUCAGGAGCGAGCGGGAGUGUGCCACUGGACAGACUAUAAUCAGCACAGUCGUGUUGCGGUGUCCUGAUGGCGACAGACAUUGUUGCGCAGUUGGCCGACUCUCUGGCCAAGACAGAAGUAGAGGAAAGAGAGCUGAGUUACAAAGGCCAAGGAAGAAAGCUGGAUGAUGCCCAAUCAGUGGAGGAGAUUGUGAAGGAGAUCAAGGACUUCGAGGGUCUACAGGCUCUGAGGUUGGAGGGAAACACUAUAGGUGUGGAGGCAGCACGGGCCAUCGCCAAGGCGCUAGAGACAAAGAGCGAAUUCAAGUGCUGCUAUUGGAGCGACAUGUUCACAGGUCGCCUGCGCUGUGAGAUCCCACCUGCCCUGAAUUCGCUGGGAGAUGCUUUGAUGCUAGCGGGUGCCAGGCUGACUGUAUUAGACCUCAGUGACAACGCCUUUGGACCAGAUGGUGUGAAGGGUAUUGAGAAUCUGCUCAAGAGUUCCACCUGCUACACGUUACAAGAACUGCGGCUCAACAACUGUGGCAUGGGCAUCGGAGGGGGGAAGAUCUUGGCCACUUCACUGAUCCAGUGCUAUCAAAAAUCCAGCGCAGAGGGCGCCCCCCUCAGCCUGAAGGUGUUUGUUGCAGGGAGAAACCGACUAGAGAACGAUGGAGCCACUGCCCUCGCUCAAGCCUUCCAGUUGAUGGGCAGCCUGGAGGAGGUUCAUGUGCCCCAGAAUGGCAUUAAUCACCCUGGUGUAACAGCGCUGGCCACAGCAGUGAAGCACAACACAGGCCUCCGCAUACUCAACCUCAAUGACAACACCUUCACUGAGAAAGGGGCUGUUGCCAUGGCUCAGGCCCUGACACACCUACACAGCAUCCAGGUGAUAAACUUUGGAGACUGUCUGGUGCGGCCUGAAGGAGCCAAAGCUAUUGCAAAAAGUGUAGCAGAGGGACUACCAAUCCUCAGGGAACUCAAUCUUUCAUUUGGUGAAAUUACGGCAGAAGCUGCCCUUGCUGUGGCACACGCAGUGAAGAGCAAGGGCCAGCUGGAGAAACUGGACUUAAAUGGUAACUAUCUAGGGGAGGAUGGCUGCAAAGCUCUGAAAGAUGUCAUGGAAGACAUGAACAUGGGCGAGCUUCUAGGAUCACUCAGUGAUGAUGAAGGAGGACCAGAUGAUGAUGAUGACGAUGAUGAAGAAGAGGAUGAAGAUGAGGAAGAGGAUGAUGAAGAAGUGGACGAGGAAGAAAUAGAGGAGGAAGAGGAAGAAGAAGAGGAGGAAGAGGAAAACGGCAGCAUCAAGCUUUCCACACCUGCAUCAGCAUCUCGGCCACCAGAUGUGUCUUCCUUCCUCAUCUUUCCAUCCCCAGACAAACUGCUCAAACUGGGACCCAAGAGAGCUCUGCUGAUCGAGCAGCAGGUGGAUGUGUCGGAUGCUGCAAAAACAGCUGAAGCCUUCCUCAAGAUUGCAUCUGUGUAUAAGGAGGAGAAUAAUGAUGUUAAGAAUGCAGUGUUGGACAGCAUCGAUGCCCUUCUCAGGAAAGCUUUUUCCACUCCUUCCUUCCAAGGCUUCAACUUUGUAUCAUCUUUGUUAGUGCUGCUCGGGCUGAUAAAGAGCGAGGACAAGGUGAGGCCCAUGCUCGUGGUUCCCGGCCACCUACUCGCCUUGGAGCAUGUUGUUCGGCAGGACUAUUUCCCCAAAGAAAAUGUGGCUGUUCUGCAGGCCUUCAUGUCCCGGUAAGGACGAGACAGAAUGAACCAAUCAGCAGGCAUUUUGCAGAAACAGCAAGGCCCUGGAGUCAUGUGGCAAUGCCAGAAGCAGCCUCCAGUCAACACUGCAGAGAGUCAGGUCUGAGGGCUGAGGACUGCUGAUACACACACACAUACACACACACACACACACACACAGAUGCACACAGCGACACAGACUGAACUUGACUGACCACUGAUGGACAUUUUGGAAAGCAGCACACAUGAGCUUAUGUUUAAAGCAAAUGAAGCAGUGCAGCACUUGAGAAGAAGAUUCUCCACUCAGAUGCACUUCGCUGUGUCACCACUGUCUUUCACAAGCUUGGCAACACACCUCCUUUUGGACUCUGGACUGGGCUUGAAUAUGCUGUGUUUCAAAGUAGAGUAUGUUCUUAUGGUGUGGACUACCUGAAGUGCUUCAUGUACAGUAACAUAACCACAGGACAGCACUGACAACUUAGUCUUUGUAACUUUGCUCUUUGUAUUCUGGCGAAUAAGUAAAGACCUCAUUCCCCACAUAAGCCAAGAGCUGUGUGUUGUCUCCUGGUUAAUGGCUCCUGAUUGGCUAAAGCACAGAUUACACUAACUAGAGAAGCUCUGCCCAGCAUUGAUCUGGGCUUGAGCCAUCAUAUUUGCUACAUUUUAUAUUUCAUAUCUACUUUUACUAUUUUGUUGUUUAUUAUUAAAUGUUAAAUUCAAUAAUAUGGUCAAACAAUGUUAUUAAAACAUGUACUGACACAUGAUAAAUAUCAAAGUAAGACUUUAAAGUACAACAGAACAAUCAAAAGGGAUGAAAUACAUUUAAAUGUAUUAAAAUGCAGUUUUUGUGGAUUUGUGUUGUGAAAAUAAAGCUGAUUUGUAGUGUUUGAA